AUGAACAGACACCUGCUGACGCCCAACUAUGUGCGCGAAUUGCGACAGAUUCUUGGGCGUAUGGCCGGCUACUAUCAGUUAUUGCGAAGGGAAGUUGCCCUGGUCUUUUUGACAAAGGCGGAAUCAGAGGCUCGUAUCAGUCUAAGUGCAGCGCUAGCAGACCUGGAAACAAGCUGGGAAAAAGCCUCACUAUAG